GUUGAUUUUGAUCAAGACAUUUUGAUUGGAGAAAUUAUAAGGGAUAAAGACUAUGGUAGAAGAAAGACAAGGGUUGUUUGUUACUGAAGAAGAUGAGGAAUCUCAGUUGGAAUCAUUGGUAAACCAAAUUGAUCCUGCUAUUGGAGAAGGUGGAACAGAUGAAGCAGGGUAUUAUGAAGAAGAAAUGGAAGUGGAUCUGCACCAAGAAUUGUACGAUCAGGUUCAAUUUUCUGGGAACAGAGAGGCAAUGGAAGAAGGUGAGGACUAUGAAGUGUAUUAUGAAAAUGAGUACAAAGAUGAUGACGAUGAUGAUAUUGAUGAUCCAGUUAUACAGGAAAUAGCGAUUUUUUUCAAUCCUCUUCGAGUAGAUCCAGAAGAAAUUGAAGAAAGAAGGCAAAUGAAAGAAAAGAAAAAAAAAGAAAGCGAGGCACAAAGCAUAAUUGUUGAUGAAAGCGACGAGGAAAAAAGUGGAAGCAACAAAAGCCAAGAAGAUGGUCAAGACGAUGGUGAACAAAAUCAAAACUUUGAAGAAGAGAAUUUUGAUCUUCUUAGUUUGGAAUUCAAGAAACUCAACGUUUUGCAAUAUCCAACGAAACACUCAAUAAAGUCGUUCAAACAUGUUUACGAGACACGAAUGAAAGUGAACUCUGAGUUGGUCGAGUUGGAUAUCCCCAUAAAUACAGAGAAAUUCUACAACUACCAGAAGGGGAGCCAGUGGAAUGACUUAAACUACCAAACUUUGGGUGGAAAGUUGGAAAAAUCAGAUGGCUAUUAUAUUGGAAUCAUCAAGGACAGUGGCAAAGAGAGCGAGAAAGCAGAUUCAAACACAAAGGGCAUAGUUCGAGACAAGGAGAUUGUUUUGACACCCAUCGAAAAGAUAGCACAACUAAGACCAGUAUUCCAUUAUAUUGAUGCUGAAAACGAGAGCAGAAAGCAAAUGGAAAGGUUUGCAGAUGGGGGAAACAAUGGCUCGAGCAACACCCAGAGUGGGAACAACAUCAAUGUCCAGAUUGUCCAGAUGAGUGCAAAGACCAACGACGAGAAUGCCCCCAGGUUGAGUGGGGCCUUGAAGACCUUUAAGAAGUUCAGUGAAGAAGAGUUUGUGAGCUUGGAUUGGUACAGUGAUGACUUAGAAGAGUCCAACGAGACGAGAAAGCUUCUCUAUCACCAACCACAGAGGGACGAGGAGCUGGGACUCAUCGUCAACAAGGAGAAGAAGCUCGUCAGCAACACCACAGAAGCAGAGUAUUUCGAGCUCUUGAUUAACAAUUGACGCUGUAGUGCUACCAAUGGCAGUUGCAGCGAUAUUAUAUAGAUCUAUAGCACGAUUUCUCCAUGUUCUGUUGAAGCUCGAGCAAUUUAGGUUUGACUCCAGUAUUUUGACAUUUGCAGCGAAAAUCAGAAUUGAUAAAACUGGUGAGACUCCAGAUGAGACUCCAGACGACUUUGGUAGAGCAGAGCCAUGGACCACAGAAGAAGCAGCAGAGGCAGCAGCAGCAGGAGUAGCAGG